CUCUUUGCAGCUGUUUGCAGACAAGGUCCCUAAGACAGCAGAGAACUUCCGUGCCCUGAGCACUGGCGAGAAGGGAUUUGGCUACAAGGGCUCCUGCUUCCACAGAAUCAUUCCUGGGUUCAUGUGCCAGGGUGGUGACUUCACGCGCCACAAUGGCACUGGUGGCAAAUCCAUCUAUGGGGAGAAGUUCUCCGAUGAGAACUUCAUCCUGAAGCACACAGGCCCUGGUAUCCUGUCCAUGGCCAAUGCUGGCCCCAACACAAAUGGGUCCCAGUUCUUCAUCUGCACUGCCAAGACUGAAUGGUUGGAUGGCAAACAUGUUGUCUUUGGCUGCGUCAAGGAGGGGAUGAAUGUGGUGGAGGCCAUGGAGCGCUGUGGCUCCAAAGAUGGCAAAACAAACAAGAAGAUCACCAUUACUGACUGCGGGCAGCUGUCGUAAACCUUCCUCUUAACAAGUGACCAUUCCUUCGGCAGCCUGGAUGCUGUUCCCUGCUGCAGCUCACCUUGUCCCACCCCGCUCCUGACUUCUGCUGCGUUUCUACUGGGUCUCAGCCCCACGUGUUCACGGUCCAGCUGAGUUGCAGUUACCUUUCUGAGUCUAAAUAAAACGAGUUAAACCACA